AAACCCCAAUCUGGUCCUGUACAUACUAAUAAACCCCAACAAGUUCAGGUUACUUCACCCAAACGAAUGCUCAAGCCUCCCCCACCGUACACGAAGGUGGUCCGCACGACGUCACUAAGAGAGUAUCUCAACCACCCCAGCCGUGUGAUUCCUCGAGAAGUGGUAUCAGGGGAGCUUAAAACCUGGCACCAGAAAAACAAUAUAGCCAUAUCCAAACCCCGCUCACUUGAACGGCAAGGAUCGACUAAACUUAAGCGCCCAGAGCCGCCACCCUACCACCAUAUUCCCUCUAAUAAACAGGUUUCUCAGAAAGUGAUUCUGCAAAGGGCUUCCGAUGGAACGCCACUGCAGUGGUACGAAGAGGAAGACUCCGAGAUUGUGAGUCAGGUGUAACCAGGUAGAAGAAACCUAGAGGAAAUUAAACAGAGAAAAAGUGAACUCUAAUUGUACACCAUCUUUAUUUUUAUUUAUUGAGCCAAUGGACUCACUGAUGUAGUCUGAUUAUGUUAAUUCUCACCAAGACUUUUUGACCAAGUUGGAGCUGAGUCAGUGAAGUAUAUGCCUAAAUUCCAUAUAUGCCUACAUUUGUGAUUUAAAUUUCAAGUCUAAGACUUCCUUGUAAGGCAUCGUGCCUGAUAUUUAUGAUGAAUGUAUCAUAAAAUUGUGAUUUUAUUGUUGUCAGGAAAGUGUGGCCCACUUUUUGCAUAUGAACGCCCUCAAGGAAAUGACAUAAUUUAGUAUAUAUUUGUGUCUGGUACACGAUCUUUCAUAAUUAAAGUAUUAUGCAAUGUCUUAGU